AUGUCCAACACGGAAGAGAGCAACACUGCCGUGGCUGAUAUCGCUGUUCCCGCCAGCGAACCCAAAGGUAUUGAGCAGGCUGCGGACACUUCGGGCGCGACCGACGCGACGUCGGUCGGGACGAACUGGCCAGCGGAAGGUCAAGGCGCGGGCGCUGAUGGCGCAAAGCUGGCCGGCUCCGGCACGCCGGGUGCGUGGCCUUCGCACCUGCCGCCCCUCCCAUCCCAAUCUGCUGGUGCGGAUCUCCCCAUUGCCAACAUUUCGCGCAUCAUGAAACGCGCGUUGCCCGACAAUGGCAAGAUUGCGAAAAAUGCGAAAGAGUGCAUGCAAGAGUGUGUGAGCGAGCUGAUUAGCUUCAUCACCUCGGAAGCGAGUGACCGUUGUGGCAGCGAAAAGCGCAAGACGAUCAACGGCGAUGAUAUCCUCUACUCUCUCCGUGUAUUGGGCUUUGACAACUAUGAGCAAGUCCUUAAAGUGUAUUUGAGUCGCUACCGUCAGGCGCAAGAAGAGAACCCGCGGCAGCGCCGUCGGAGAUCGACCAAGCGGCGCUCGUCUGCCCAGGACGGCUCCAAUCCUGACGAAGCCACCCCGGGCGGUACCAUGCAAGGGGGUGACGAUGGCGACGAGGAUGGCGACGAUAUUGAGAGCGACGAAGAGGCAGAGGAGGAGGAGUAA